AUGUCGAUGUUCCUCAACCCAUAUGCAAACCAAGAAGUGGACGAACAGAAGCUCAGCAUUGCACAGGUGCAGUUCGACGCCAUGAACGCGUCGUUCGGCGCGAUGCUACGAGCGUGCCAGGAGAAGUGCAUCCCACACGAGUACGGCGAAAGCGAGCUCAACAAGGGUGAGAUGUGCUGCACGGACCGGUGCAUCGCCAAGAUCCACUACGCAAACCGCCUGAUAGGCGGGCUGGCGCAGGCGCGGGGUGUGGGGCCGGACCAUCUGCGCCACUACGAAGCGUUCAAGAAGAGCUAG